GGUGCGUUGAGAAAAAAGACUGACGCUGAUUCGCUGUAUAGCAUUGUCAAUUUACUAUCACCCGGCCAAACAGUUACGAAAACCAAAAGUGUUGUUGCAGACAGACGUCCUUCAAGUUCUUGCUGUUGGUGUUGGUUAAAUUAAUGUUAGACAGUUUCAAGACUACUGUAGUUAUCUUAUAUUGUAGUAAUCUGUGUUUCUAUUCUACGGAAGACCAAAGCCAUACGUAUAUCUUAAGUGGUUGAUUGGGUUGAUGCUGUGUUACAUACGGUUAACGUUAGCAGAGGCCUAGCACUGAGCUAACGUGAUAAUUCACCAGCGUUUUCCGGGACUUCUCAGAUGAUACACUCUCCCCACUGUAUUGCCGAAGUGACACAGUAAGACCUUAACUCAGCAUGCAUCCUGACCUUUCACCUCACCUGCACAAUGAAGAGUGUAACGAAUUCAUCACUCUUCUGAGGCAGUGCCACACAGAGCACAAUGUCACAAAGUUCUUUGGCAAGUGUAACGAUGUGGACCGUGCCAUGCGUCAUUGCCUGAAGAAAGAGAGACUGGAUAAGCGGGAACUCAGCAAGCAGCAUGCCAAAGACAUGAAAAAGAGGCUGAAAGCAGGGAUAAUAGAGGAUCUCUGAAGGACAUUUCAAUGAAACUUUAACACUGCCACUACCAGUUUGAAGGAGUGAGAUAAUGAGACACUGAAUGAAGCAUGACACUGUGUAACAGGCCUUCCCUAUGGUCUCAGGAAGGUGACAACUUCUGUCUCUUUGAAAAUUCAAAGGAGUGUGGAUUAUAUAAGUAAUUAAGCAUUGAGGUCUAAGUGUCAUGUGCUAUACAUCAUUUUGAUAUUAUUUUAAAGGAAAGGUUAUUUAAAAUAUGAUGUGCAUAUACCAAUAAUGAUAUGGUUAAGAUGCAAAGUUUACUUACAACACGUUUGACUUGUUAUCACCCGGACAGACUGGGAUUUACAGCGUUACCAGAACAUUUUAGUAACAUCAUCGAGAACUUUGGAUGAAAGAUUGCUGUUAGGCAGAAGCCUUCCAUCAAACUGUUGAAGUUAGAAAGACACCUCAGGACUAUUCUUCUACCAGUUUCAGGGUAUUAAAGAUGCAAGUAAAAGAUGACCUAAACCCGGAUGAGCAGUGGCUCUUAAUGUCAACCCAUGAACAUGCAGAGUGAACACAUUCAUUUUUGUUUGAUUGUUUAUUUGAAUGGGGAAUCAUAUUGAUUCGUUAGAAGUUUAACUGCUUUCAAAUAAAUUGAUAUUAUCCUUAUAUUAAUCCAUGCUUCAA